CUGAGGAUGUCUAUACAAUGAGAAAGCAAAGGGAGCUGACUGUACUGACACAGGAUGAGACUUGGAAAUUUAUACCAGAUCAUCUGCCUUUGUGCUUUUAUACCAAGUCUAGAAGGAGCAUGUUCUACUGAUAUCCUCCUGAGGUGGCCAUUAACUCCAGAAGUUUGUAGUGACCAGGUCCUAUCUAACACUGACCUACGGUUCUCUUAUUGUCCUCACACGUUCGUCCAGGACCUUCCCGCUCCCCACACACCGCCUGUCUCUCCUUUCUCCGUUAAUCUAUCCGCUGAUUCAGUCCUAGAUUUACGUAUUACUACUGCGCCGUCCGGGGAUUAUGGAUUCUCAGCCUUCGUAAGACCUGCUUCAAAUGAAGAUAGUUGUAUUCUACAUUACAAAUCCGACGACGGCAGUUUUGAGAUGAAGUUCCUUUCCACAGCCUCCGAAACAAGGGUAUCUGUAAUUGGGUGGACCUCUGUAGCUGGCAAUAAUUUACUGGUUAAGGAAUGGCAGAGGAUUGCUUUGGCAAUGGAUGCUAGUCAGUCAAAGCUCAAUUUAAUCAUUGAAGGAGCACCUUUUGACGACACCGAUGUGAACAGCUCUGAUCAGAAACCUGGUACUCCAUCCCCUAGCUUUAAAACACCAGGUACACUUAGAGUCGGGGGAUCUUUUGACGGAGAAACAUUCAGCGGAUUGGUGUCAUGUGUUGGUUUCGUUGAGCACAAAACGAUUGACUGUUCCACAGGCUGUUAUGAUGCAAGUACCUGGUCUUCAAUCAAUAUGAAUCCAGAGAAAAGACACUAUGGAACAUUCUUGCCUACCGAAACCGAGAAAAUUCCGAACCAGACUCCAAUCAAUUUCAUUUUAGCUGACAAGUUGAGUUCCUGUGCUCUGCAAUGCCUGAAGGAUGUCCUUCUCUGUGUAAGCGUAGCAUAUAACAGCGCCACCGGAAGUUGUUUUUUUUACCCGGAAUUCUUUUUCGCCAGUCUGAUUUCUUCUCCAAAUACCACCCUCUAUGUUUUACAGCCAUACUGAGUACUUCAUUAAGUUUUAAUAUCCUUACUCGUUUAAUCAUUGUUUUAAUCAAAUAAAAAAGCCAAAGUUGCACCAAGGAUGUUUCAUAGACAUAUACAUUGUAUUCACCAUGAUGAAAUUAAAAUUUAAAUGUGACUGAAUGUUAUAUCUUUGUCAUUCAGCCGCCUUUCCAUUCAGGUGACUUGGUGACAGAGGUUCAUCGUGUGUGUCUUCAUGUGCAAUGAUUUUAAAAUAACUGUUAACUUAUUAACUUUUAUUUCUUUUUUCGUCACUUGUUGUCGAUUUUGAUAGAAAUAGACAUUGCUAUCGAUAGAGAUUAAAUUAUAUCAACUUAUGAUUGAAGAAGACUCUUCCUUGGUACUUUUUCCAAAAUCAAGAAAUAUAAAGAAAAUUUACCUGGAUUUCCGACCCUUAAAACAAAGAGCUGGGACUUUUUGAAAUAAUAAAUUACUGUUGUCCUUUAACGCAAACCCAUGUUUAUCAAAAUAGUAUACUAUAAGUGACGGAAAGCACUGAUGUGCAGAAA